UUUUAUUUUUGUUAUUUUUCUUUUUGUGUAUCUGGUAAGAGUCUUUUUUUUUGUAGAAACCCUAAUUCACAGACUCGAAUGGAUUUCUUUGAUGAAGAAAGCAGACCCAGAUUCCUUCUUCAAUCACGAUCAGUCCCCAAAGCCACACACCAAAUCGAAACCGUUGAUAAUCUUCACAAGCCCACUCUUUUUGUAUCUCUAUCUCUAUCUGCAUUCUUCUUAACUCUCUCCCUUUUCUACUUUCAAUCCGACCCAUUUCAGUCUAUCCUCAUUUGGUUCUCACUAUCUCUUUUGAUCGGCCCAUUUGCCCCGACUUCAUUCACCGCAGGCGAUAUCCGGGUCGGAUUAGGCCCGACCCUCCAACCACAAUCCCCUCCUAAACAUACCCAAGAUCCCGAGCCACCAAAAAGAUCAAGAUUCAAAGCAAGAAAACCCGAUCAAGAUUUCAAGAUUUCGACCCACCCAGAUGGGGUUGUGAAUCAACCCGUUGAAACAGGGAAAAAGGUUGACAAUGUGAAUGUGGUUGUUAUUGAAGAACAAGAUUGGACUGAAAAUGAUCUCGAGGUUUUGAAAAAACAAAUCUUGAAAAACCCUGUUGGGAUGCCGGGUCGUUGGGAGGCGGUUGCAGAGGCGUUUUCGGGCCGGCAUACGGUGGAGAGUGUGGUGAAGAUGGCGAAGUCGAUGGGGGAGAGGAGAACGGGUGAUUCUGAUUCGUUUUCGAGGUUUUUGAAAGAUAGAAAGGCGGUGGAUAAACGCGUUGACGAGGUUAUUGAGAAUGAGAGAGGGAAUGCGAGUAAUAAUGGUGGUGGAAGUUGGAGUUCAGGCGAAGAUAUUGCUUUGCUGAAUGCAUUGAAGGCUUUUCCGAAAGACGUUCCAAUGAGGUGGGAGAAAAUCACUGCUGCGGUUCCUGGACGGUCCAAGGCUGCCUGUAUGAAAAGGGUUGCUGACCUUAAGAAAGAUUUUCGGAGUUCGAAAGCUUCUUCUGAAGCUUGAUCAUUCUUGGGCUAUUGAGUUAAAGAGAUGGAUCAUUGGUUGUUAGGGUGAAUGGAACUUUGUUGAAAUUGCUUCUAAACAUCUUUCAAGUUUUUACUAGAAGUGUACCGGUGUAUUGUGCGGUGGUGGGUGAUUUCCCAAAAAGAUUUUAAUUUUCUGUAUUGGUGUAAAUCAAAUUUAAAAAUAUAAUUCGUAAACUUCGAUUAUGAAUUGGCAGCGGGUUGCGUUUUCGCCAACCUCUGUUAUGAAUUGUCUCUAAAAUUGUGUUUAUUAUAUGUAGGGUGUAGAUUUGAAUAAGGAGAUGAUUAUGUAGAUAAAGUAUUGUACUAA